AUGGCUAAAUCCUCUGCUACCCUCAAGACCAAUAAUCCUGCCCCUGAGGCUGGAAAGAAAAAGGAAAAGAAGGUUGCCACUGUGCGCAAGUCUGUGACACAUCUCUUGGAAAAUACUACCAAGGCAGCCACUGCUCGCCAGCAAGCGCAAGAAGACCGUGAUGCUAUCAACAAGAGCAUUGAGGCCAUGACAAGUGGCUAUGGUCUCAUUUCAUUCAUUGGCAAUGACGAUGGCAAACAGGGCCCUGAGAUUCAGCCCAAUCCUUACAAUCCUAGGCUUCUGGUAAAGGCAACCCUCAAAGACUUAUCUCUUAGCUUCCAAGUGGAUGGAAUUCUGAACAUGGUGCCUGAGCAUGCUGUCGUGAUCAUGACCAACGACGACACUUUGGAUACCAGCACACUGGUGUCUGCGGAGGAGCUUCAAAGUGGCACCAAGAAGCCUACUCGGUUGACCUGGAAGAACCGCGAGGGCUAUGUUGCUCUGCUUGCAGGUAACAACCGCAGGGCUGCCAUCCAAGAGAUUAUCUCAGGACACAUCAAGGCGAUCGACCGGAUGCAGAAAGCUUUGGCAGAACCCAACCUUGAUGAAGAGGAGCAUCGGCAGUGGGCUGGAAUGCUGAAGAAAGAAAAGGAGCUCUUUGAGAAGGAGCAUGUUUGGCUUGUUCGCGUCAUCGACUAUGAGAAACUCAAGGACCAUCCAGACCGUGCUCUUUUGGUGGACACUCUGACCUCUAACAGAGCAAUUCCCCAUGCAACUGAUGAACCCACUGACAAUCUCAUUCGAGCCUUGAAUGUCAUUAGGAUUGCCUCCCAGCCAAACCCAACCAGCUUCCAGGUGGACAAGGACAACUUACAGGCGACCAUUGACAGCCAGAUCAAGAAGCACAAUGAGAAGGACUUUGUUAUUAUCAUGAAGGAUGACAAGUUCAGGAAUAUGCUUUCAGACCUUUAUCUCUGGUCUCAUCUUCAGCAAAGUCCUUUCUUCUCUUGCCAUGGAUGGGGAGAGUGUAUCCGGCAACCUCGUGGUUGUCUCUUUUCCAUAGCUGCCCACCACAUGAUCAAAAUCUUGGCCUUCCUGGGUGACCCGAGGCCUCUUCCACCCUAUGUUGAAAGUGGUGCAAGGACAGAGGAUCUGAUGUCUCAAGUCCUGACAGAUGCCAAGUCUAUCUUGAACACUGCUAUUCCACAGUAUGAUGCUGUGGGGGUUGUCUUUGCUGAGGCCGAUCGCCUAUACCAGGACUAUCUGCAGCCUGUUAUGUCUGGCUGGGCCCUUCAUGCUGGAGAUGAAUCUGGCAGGCGCGAGGCUUUUGCAGAUGCCUGGUACAAGUACAAGGAUCAACUGAAGAUCAUUGUCAAGAAGGCAUCCUCCAAGGUUGGCUGGGACAAGCAAGAGCAGCAGGCUCUGGACACUUUUAUGAACAAGUUUGACUGGGUCAGCUCUGGACUGUUCACAAGGAAUGCCUUCUUUUUUGGGGUGGCAUUUCCUCUUCCCUGUGGGAGAUUCCUCAAUUUCAUUGACCAGGAGCUGGCAAGAGGACAGGCCUGGCUUUCACUUAUGGCCUAUGAACUGGAGCCUUUCUGUGAUAGCCAGUGGGAUGCCAAAAGCUCUAGGGAAUUUUUUGGCUCGUGGGAUGGGGUGUACAAGAACCUCUCGCUUCAUCAUCAGUUGGAUCAGAAACAAAUAGAAAAGAUAUUUAUCCGGGUUCUAAAGAUCUUCUUUCAAGAGAGGCACCAUCUGGUUUUGCAGCUGGACAGUGCCUUGUCAAAGGCACCAUGGUUUUCCAGGCUGGCCCAAAGGAAAGCCCCCAAUGGUGUCAUUCUUCCAACAGAUGAUGAGCUGUUUGAGUGGCUGAAUGACAAGUAUGAGCAUUGCAAGCCUGCGCGGACAUCCAAGGACCAUCUCUUUACCUCAGAGAUGUCUGAUUUCUUCAAGCUGGCCUAA